UUGUUUAAUACGCUUACCUUCAGGUGACGAUGAACAAUACUUCUUUUUCAGAAGCCACCUCACGAAAACCGUUAUUGAUCGUUUGAUAGUUUGCAUUUUCUCUAGUGGAGCUUUCCCAAAUUUCCUUGACGUCAUUUGUCGUGCUGGAACAUUCAAAUCACGAAGUAACAAUGCCAGGGAUCCCUGAAACUACGCCGAGCUCUGACCCGGCGGAGAUCAUGGCGCUGAUGUUCAACCCUGUGUCGCUGCAGACGGUUAUAUUCCCACUGUUCAGCUACCUGCUCGGCAUCGGUGUGCUGCUCUACGACAUCAUCACCUUCUUCAUCGCUGUCUCCAACGGCACGCGCGAUCAGUACAAGCCUGUCGGCAGCAGGCUCGGCUUCGCAGCUCUUAACGGUGGAGUUCCACCGCCGCUGCUGCAGCGAUCCGGCUCCUUUUCCCUCGCGCCUCCUGACCCAUCCCUGGACUUGCUGAGUAACGUCCUGUCGGCGAUAUCUUCUUCUCAGUCACGAUUCGCACAAGGCAAUGGGGCUCCUGUGGCAACAAACGGAUUAUCAGCAACAUGAAUAAUGUUAUUUUAAAUUAAAAACCGGCAAAUGAAUAAAUUUUCAGUUUAUUUGUGUUUGCAGUUUUAUCACAAUUCGUUCAUGUGCAAGUACAGACAUUAGCUGUAGUGUUCCUCGUUUUCAUUGCGUGCACUAACAACAAGAAUCUGAUGACUAAUAAUAAACUGACAGUAACAGUGCUCUAGAAUUGAACAUUUAUAAAGGAAAGCGAGGAGCUCGAUUUUACAUUUGAUUGUUAUAUCAUGCCAUAAUAGUAUUUUCAUAUAAAUUGCUUAUCG